UGGUAAGCUAGAUCUGCCUCUACUGUCUAGCUCAACACACCCAGUGAUCCAGCUACAAUGGCUUCCGGCGCGUCGAAGGGGUCGUCCCGCGGGUCGGCGUGGACGCAGCGGCAGAACAAGCAGUUCGAGUGCGCGCUGGCGGUGUACGACAGGGAGACGCCGGACCGGUGGCACAACAUUGCCCGCUACAUGGGCGGCAGCAAGUCCGCCGAGGAGGUGCGCCGCCACUUCGAGCAGCUCGUCGAGGACGUCGCUCAGAUCGAGGCCGGCCGCGUCCCCUUCCCCUGCUACAGCAGCAUCAGUGCUGUCCCGCCGCACGGCGCCGCGCGCGGCCUCGACGAAGCCAGAUCAAAGUAUCUAAAGUUCCAGUAAUCAAGACUAGCUAAUGGCGGCGCCCGAUCCACGUUCCCGAGUCUCUGAUGAUGUCAUGACGAUGCACAUGUAUGUAUGCAAGUACAUAUGGGCUUCGUAGCUAUAUGUUGAAGUAUCAAUAAUACAACUGCUAGGGUAGAUUGGUGUACAAUGCCUCCAAAUAAGGAUGAUCAAGGAAAAAAGGGCGGCGAAGAAGAAUCAUCUUUCACCUUGUGCUGUAAAUUAGCUAUUUAGAAC